GAAACCCAAAUUGGGUGUUAACUUAAUACCCCCAAAUCAUGCACAAGAUUCAAGUUUAUUGUUCUGGGUUUCAAUCAAUUCGGGAAUGAAACGAAAUGGACGAAGGACACGAUUAGCUGAUAAGCUAAUAAGACGAGUGAUGUUGGAUGAUCGGAUUAGCUCGAGGGUCUCGUUUGUGGGCUAUUUUACAAGUAGAGACAGGGGAGAACGUUGAGGAAACGAGGAAAAACUGUGGAGUAUAACAAUUGGCACUGAUAUUUGAAGGAGGAUCAUUAUCGUGAACAGCUCCACGAUAGAGGAACGAACUAUCGUUAUUUCGUUUUUGAUUAUCAAUCACAAUCACACACAGUUUAUGCGGUGAACACUUAGACGUGUGAUUUGAUCAAGAAGAUAGAGAAUCCAACAAAUAGGCAGGUUACUUUCUCAAAAAGAAGAAAUGGGCUCAUCAAGAAAGCUUAUGAACUGUCUGUUUUAUGUGAUGUAGAUGUUGCUCUCAUCAUGUUUUCCCCCUCUGGAAGAGCUAGCAUUUUCUCCGGCAGUGGAAGUGUUGAAGAAAUUAUGUCACGGUAUAUAAAUCUUCCGGAGCAUGAAAGGGGAAAGUUGCAAAACCAGGAGUAUUUAGAAAGGGCUCUGGGGAGGUUGAAAAGCGAAGCGCAGGACCAUCAGAACCUAGCCAGAAGCAGCCCAGCGAGCGGGGAGUCACGAGCUGAGGAAAUUCAACAAGAGAUUGUCCGAUGCAAGUCGCAUAUGAUAGAAAUGGAGAAGCGGCUCAGGGUCUUUGAAGGGGAUCCUUCAGAAAUCAGAACCAUGGGCGAGGCUGAGUAUCGGGAACACAUCCUUGAGGAGACUUUGAAACAUGUCCGUGCACGCAAGCAAGUUCUAGAGAAGUACAACUCUACAGAUGCACGAUCAACUGCACAGGUUGCGUUACCUCAGAAGGUGAUAAAUGUUAACAACAUGGCCAGUGGAAGCUCAAGCAACAUAUUUGACUGGCUUCCACCACGAGAUCCACAAGUCCAAAUCAUGAAUUUUAUGAAUUUCAAUGGACUUCUACCCCCGAGACAAAAUGAGAAUGUGAACCGAGAUGGUAUGAUGGAGCCUGAUAAUAAUGCGAAUGUUCAACGACCUGAAUUUGGACAAAUGAUUGACAUGAAUCUUUCUCCUUGGUCACAAUACUAUGCUACUGGAAAUGGUCCGAUGCUGAUGGGAAACCCUGGAGAGCGGGCAUUCAGUGAGACUUUCCUCCCGCAUUAUUCACCUUAGAAUCAAAAUUAGAGUUUUAGUCUGUGUUAAUACUCCUAUGGUUCUUUUCUGUUCUUUUUUUGCUCUUGUUUGUGUUUUCGAUUUUGAUGUAGGAUGAUCUCUUAUCUAUAUAUAUAACACAUAUGUUAUGUAGUUACUUGCA